GCUCGCUCUUGCUACAUAUCGAUCUCUAGCUACUGAAACCAAUUAUUGCUUUUGCUUCACAAGCUAGCUCUCUCCAUACCUACCGCAUCUGUGUUUUCCUUGCGUUGUGUUUUGGAGCUCCAGGCGCACCCAUGGCGGAGGUACUGGCCACCAUGGUGGUCGGGCCGCUGGUGUCCAUGGUGAAGGACAAGGCCUCCAGCUACCUCCUGGACCAGUACAAGGUGAUGGAGGGAAUGGAGGAGCAGCACAAGCUUCUCAAGCGCAAGCUGCCGGCCAUCCUGGACGUCAUCACCGACGCCGAGGAGCAGGCAGCAGCGAAGAGAGAAGGGGCGAAAGUUUGGCUCGAGGAGGUCCGCAAGGUUGCCUACCAGGCGAAUGAUGUCCUAGACGGAUUCAAGUACGAGGCGCUGCGCCGCAAAGCCAAGAAGGAGGGGCACUACAAGGCACUCGGCAUGGAUGUAAUAAAGCUCUUCCCUUCUCACAACCGUAUUGUUUUCCGUCACAAAAUGGCAAACAAGCUCCGUAUGAUCUUGCAAGAAAUUGAUGUCCUCAUCGCAGAGAUGAAUGCAUUUAGGUUCAAAUUCAAACCAGGGACACCAGAGCCCACAAAUUAUUUGAGGCAGAGUAAUUCUGAUAUCAUCGACCCAACAAAUAUUGUCAGCAGAUCGAGAGAUGAUGAGAAGAAGGCGGUUGUUUGUACAUUGCUUGCUCAAGUCGGCAAUGAGAAUCUCACGGUCCUUCCAAUCGUUGGAAUGGGGGGAUUGGGCAAGACCACCUUGGCACAGCUCAUUUACAAUGACCCUGAAAUCAGGAAGCAUUUCGAGUUACGGCUUUGGGUGUGUGUCUCUGAUAACUUUGAUGUGGAUUCCCUCGCUGAUAGAAUAGUGAAAGAGAAUGGUUGUAAAACAAAAGGAAGUUCAGCACUGGAGAAGCUUCAAAACGCAGUGAGUGGGAAGAGGUACCUCCUCGUAUUGGAUGAUGUCUGGAACCAUGAUGAGCACAAGUGGGAAAGGCUGAAGUCCUACCUUCAACAUGGUGGUAGAGGUAGCUCACUGCUAACAACAACCCGUGAUGACAAAGUUGCUCAGCUAAUGGGUACAACAGAAGCCAACAAUCUCAAGAGCUUGGAUGAAAUCUACAUAAAGGAAAUUAUUGAGACAAAAGCAUUCGGUUCAAAACAAGUAGAGCAAAGGCCUCGUGAACUAGUUGAAAUGGUUGGUGACAUAGUGAAGAGAUGUUCUGGCUCUCCUUUGGCUGCCACAGCUUUGGGCUCUGUACUACGUACCAAGACCAGCAAGCAAGAAUGGGAAGGUAUACUAAAUAGAAGCAUGAUUUGUGAUGAGGAAAAUGGAAUUUUACCAGUACUUAAACUCAGUUACAAUUGCUUGCCGUCAUAUAUGCGGCAAUGCUUUGCUUUUUGUGCUAUGUUUCCACAGGAUUAUGAGAUUGAUGUGCAAAGUCUAAUCCACCUAUGGAUGGCCAAUGGUUUUAUCCCAGAGCAACCAGGAGUGUGUCAUGAAACCAUUGGAGAAAAAAUUUUCAAUGAGCUGAAGUCGAGGUCGUUUUUUCAGGAUUUGAAAAGCGUCCCAUUUGACAAAAGAAUUUCUACUUCUGCAAGGAGUACGAACAUGUAUUGUUCUAGAAUUACUUGUAAGAUCCACGACCUUAUGCAUGAUGUUGCAGAAUCUGCUAUGGGAAAAGAAUGUGCUGCAAUAACUACACGCCCGAGCCAAAGUGAGGGUGCUCUUCAUUCAACUCGUCAUUUGUAUUUAUCAGUCAAUCGACCAGAAAAUCAUCUGAAUGCUUCCCCAGAGAAAGGAUCUCCAGCUUUCCAAACAUUGAUAUGUGAUGGAUAUGUAAAAGAAGAUAUGAAGAUCUUAUCAAAAUACAACUCUAUUAGAGCAUUAAAGAUCGAUCGGGGCUCAUUCCUAAGGCCGAAAUAUCUUCAUCACCUGAGGUAUCUUGAUCUCUCAGGAAGUGAUAUUGAAGCACUUCCUGAAGACAUCAGCAUCCUGUAUCAUCUGCAAACACUCAACCUUUCUGAUUGCCGUGUUCUUCAGCGACUUCCAAAGGAACUGAAGUAUUUGACUUCCCUCCGUCACCUCUACACUCACAAAUGUCCAAAGUUGAAAAGCAUGCCCGCAGAGCUCGGACACCUCUCUUGCCUGCAGACACUCACAUGCUUUGUUGUAGGUACUGACACCAGUUGCAGUAAUGUGAGAGAGCUGCAGAAUUUGGACCUUGGUGGUAGACUAGAGCUAAGACAGCUCGAAAAUGUCGCAAGAGCAGAUGUUGUAGAAGCAGCAGGACUUGGAAAUAAGAAAAAACUGACCGAACUGGAGUUAGUAUGGACUGAUAAUGACCAGCAGGCACAGAAUAAUAAUCAUAAAGAGGUGGUGCUAGGUCUCAAACCUCAUGAUGGGCUGAAGGCCCUAAGGAUAUAUUCAUGUGGGAGUAGUACUUUUCCAUCAUGGAUGAAUAUGUUGAAUGGCAUGGUGGAGUUUACGUUAUGUAGUUGCGAAAAGCUCGAGAAGCUUCCUGCACUCUGGCAGUUACCAGUUCUGGAAAUUCUUCAGCUGGAAGAAUUGCCGAGUUUACAUUGUUUGUGCAGCGGUGGUACUACACCUGUCACAUUUCCGAAACUGAGGGUGCUUACCUUGUUUAAGAUGGAAAAAUUUGAGGCAUGGUGGGACACAGAUGUGGUGCAAGGAGAAGAGCUGAUAUUUCCCAAGGUUGAGGAGCUGGAUAUCUUUUGGUGUGGAGGUUUGACUGCAUUACCAAAAGCAGUGCCAGUGAUUACGGAAUCAUCUGGCGGAGUUAACACUAAGUGCCGCUCCGCAUUUCCAGAACUGAGAAAAAUGAUGUUAAAUGAUUUGAAUAUGUUUGACAGGUGGGAGGCAGUCGAAGGAAAUCUAGGAGAAGGGGUAACAUUUCCUCGGCUCGAGGAACUGUACAUCAGCCAUUGUGCAAGCCUCAGUGCACUACCAAAAGGGUCGUUAUUGGUUAAACAAUCAUUUGGCGGAGCUGAAACUGUGUGCCCCCGCUCUGCAUUUCCAGCACUAAGGAAACUAGACUUAGAUGAUUUGUCGGCCCUUGAGAGGUGGGGGGCAGCCGAAGGAACUCCGGGAGAAGAGGUAACAUUUCCUGUGCUGGAGAAGUUGGGCAUUGAUGACUGCCCGAAGCUGACUGAUCUACCUGAAGCGCCGAAGCUAAGUGAAUUAGGCAUACGAGGACGUGAUCAACAUAUGUCCCUACAGGCAGCUAGCAGAUACAUUCCUUCACUGUCCAUUCUGCGUCUGGACGUGUCACCCGAUGACGCGGAAACAACAUUGCUGCAUGUCAAGCAGAAAUGGAAUCAUAAACUCCCCUUGGCAACUAUGUCGUUAGGUAGGUGCGACCUUCUGUUCUCAUCCCACUCAAUUUGGGCAAGUUUUGCACGGCUAGUAGAUUUGACAAUUUGGGAUUGCGACGCUCUUGUCUACUGGCCAGAAAACGUGUUCCAGGUCCUGGUAUCCCUGAGGGAGUUAUCGAUUGGGAGAUGCAGCAAACUGACAGGACGCACACAAGCUUCUGGCGAGCAAUCUGCUCCAGGACGGGAUGGACUCCUGCCGCAUCUGGAGUCUCUAUUCAUAAAAGAUUGCGCAUCUUUGGUAGAGGUCCCCAACCUGCCGGCAUCUCUCAAGGGAUUAGUGAUUUACUGCUGCAGUGAUAAUGUCAAGUCCAUCGUAUUCGGUCAGCAGGAGGACACAAGGUUGGCGAGGGGAGAAGGUGUUGUACAGCUGGACACAUCAUCAUCAAUUCCAGGGUCCAGCAGUCGUGAGGCCACAACGUCUACAGCUGUACUGAAGCUGUCAUCAGCAGCCAACCAUCGCUUCUUUCCAUGCCUAGAAUAUCUGAACCUUGUGUACUGCCGUGGUUUGUCUGAGGUUGCCAAUCUUCCUCCGUCUAUCAAGACCUUGUUCAUUGCUGACUGCGGCAAUCUUCAAUCCUUAUCAGGACAGCUAGGUGACAUCCAAAAAUUAACUAUUCACUCAUGCAGUCUGUUGGAAUCACUGGAUUCUUGCUUAGGAGAGCUCCGGUCGCUGGAAGAACUCGAGCUUUAUGAUUGCAAAAGCCUGGUAUCCUUACCGGAUGGGCCUCAAGCAUACUCAUCCCUUAGAUUUCUUGGGAUUAAACAUUGUGAUGGUGUGAAGUCGCUCCCGCCGAGCCUACAGAGCCUCUUGGGUUGCCUCGAGCUGGGAAUUCUAGAUGCCCGUUAUGAAGAACCGAAGACCCGGAAAUGUGCAAUGAGGAGCCUGGCGUGCUUGAAAUAGGAGAUUGAGAACCCGACGAAAGUUCUCACAAGGAUCGAAUUACCAGACCUGCAAAUCAUGGAUUAUUGUGACCAUGCGUAUAACAUGCACUUUUCUGAAGAUGAUCUCCAGUGAACUCAAGCGGAAAUCCAUGACUUUAAGCAGAUAACAAGUCCCGGAUCAUAAGCUGAAGAAUUUAGCAUAUAUAGCUCCAUGCUCCAGUACGUCCUUUAUCAUCCUUCUUCAAGCCGAAGUGCUUGAUUUUGAGCAGAAGACAAAGUCCCAGACUGCAAGCUGAAGAAUUUGUAGCAUUUGGAGCUCCAUGCUCCAGCUUUUUAUCCUUUUUUUUUUCUGUUUUAAACUAUGACGUGUUUGAGCUCGUUUCUGCUCCAGCACCAGCGAAACAGAACUAGCGCUUCAUUUUAUGAUGUGUUUUUCUGCAUGACCGCAGAAGGUACUUGCCAUAGAAUGGUCAACAGUCCGACAUACUCCUGUUGUUCGACAUGCUGCUUGAUAUGAACUCAAUAGCGUGAGGGUGGGUCCUGCAAGGCUUUGGAUUGCA